AGUGAAUUAUAAGUGGUGCUCGCCAAAGGGAUAAUCGGUACAUUUAGUAAGCUGAUCGUAGUCGGUGCCCAGCUCGAUCGGAAUUCGCUCGUCGAGGUUCGUGUGUGUUUAUAUUGUUUUCUGACCAUAUUUCAUUGACUUAAUUGUCCUGCCUGUGUACCAUGGCUGACCCAGACGUAGCGUGGUCGUUCGAUGACUUUGAAGACACUUCGGCGGCGACAACCGACGCUGUCGAAGACACCGAGGAAACGGCACCUGCCGAUCAACCGGCCAAACAAGUCGAGGCUCCCAAACCGCCCGCAGAAUGGAGAAAAACUUACAAAAAAUAUAUCGAAGAAAAGGACGCGCGUAAGAUCUUCAGGCAUUGGGCCCGACCAACGAGGCUUCAGUACAAGAUCUUGUACGAUUACCAGCAUAACUAUUAUGAUGACUACAUAGCGUACAUGGACAAACGGCAAAGAGGUGUGUACGACCCAGUGCCACCACCGCAAACGUGGGAAGAACGUGUGCUGAGGAACUGUACCAAAGACGGCCGUCGACUCUCUGCCUUUGACUACCCACCCAACAGGUCCAAGCUCAAUGACUACGCCGUUAUCCCGUCUAUCUGCCGGGCAGAUCACGAUAAGCACUAUUACUACAGGCAAUACUACGACUACCUCAUCGGAACGCCAUGGGUAACCGUAUCGACUCUCGGACGCAAUCCAAACUUACUGGAAGUGCCAAGACCGACUAUCAAAGACCGAUUGCACGCCCAGAACAUCUGAUGUGCCGGAAAGCGACCAGACAGAUACAUUAUAGACGAACGCAUCCUGUUGUAUUCUACACUCGCACAUGUAUAUAAUCACCUGCAACUCAAUUAAAUAAUAAAUACACGUUAACUGUUUCUGUAA